GGGACAAGCCUUUCUAAAUUUGGUCUUUGGGGCCCAAAGUGCAUUUGUGGCUCCCAAACAGGCCCUAACAGAGCAUCAAUCGUCAUCUUCGAUUGAGCUCGUGGGGUUCGCCGAGCUGCUAAAUAGAAGAGCAGAACAGAAGGCCGGAAGCUUUGCAAACCCGCAUCGGCGACCACCGUUUCCAUGUACCCAAAAGAGCAGUCUGUGGUCUGAUAUUCUGAUUAGAGGAAUGAUGAAGUCUGGAGGAUAUGUUUUAACUCCUUCAUGUACCUCUAUUAAUUCUUUUUUCGUAAAAAACCAUCGCAGAUUGUCAUUAAAUAUAUACAGGAAUUUGACUAAAUCAAGGAAAAGUUUUGCUUAUGGUCAGAGACAUCAAUUGCAUAUAGAAUCUGUCAUGGUUGCGAGCCGCUAUUUUCCCCCAUGGUUCAGCGUUGCUCCAAUGAUGGAUUGGACGGAUAAUCAUUAUAGGACUCUUGCCCGACUAAUAUCAAAACAUGCAUGGCUCUACACAGAGAUGCUUGCUGCUGAAACAAUUGUUUAUCGAAAGGAUAAUCUGGACAGAUUCCUGGCAUUUUCUCCACAGCAGCAUCCUGUCGUCCUUCAAAUUGGUGGUAGUAAUUUGGAAAACCUGGCAAAAGCCACUGAACUUGCCAGUGCUUACUGCUACGAUGAGAUAAAUUUCAAUUGCGGUUGUCCUAGUCCAAAGGUUGCUGGGCAUGGGUGCUUUGGUGUGCGUCUUAUGCUUGAUCCUAAGUUUGUUGGGGAAGCUAUGUCUGUAAUUGCUGCCAAGUCGAAUGUUCCUGUAAGUGUUAAGUGUCGAAUUGGUGUUGACGAUCACGAUUCAUAUAAUGAACUCUGUGAUUUUAUUUACAAAGUUUCUUCUCUAUCACCAACUAGGCAUUUCAUUAUACAUGCACGGAAGGCACUGCUCAAUGGCAUAAGCCCAGCUGACAAUCGGAAAAUACCUCCACUGAAAUAUGAGUAUUUUUAUGGCCUUUUGCGUGACUUCCCGGAUUUAAGGUUUACGAUAAAUGGAGGCAUAAACUCUGUUGAUGAGGUUAAUGCAGCACGAAGGCAAGGAGCUCAUGGGGUAAUGCUUGGUCGUGCUGCCUACAAUAACCCUUGGUAUACCCUGGGACAGGUUGAUACUGCAGUAUAUGGUGCACCUAGUUGCAAUCAAACGCGCCGUCAGGUCCUUGAACAAUAUCAGAUAUAUGGGGAUUCCAUUUUGGGAACAUAUGGGUCUAAUAGACCAAAUGUCCGGGAUGUGGUUAAGCCUCUACUGAAUCUUUUCUAUUCAGAGCCUGGAAAUGGUCUCUGGAAGCGAAAAGCUGAUGCUGCUUUUCAGCAUUGCACGACAAUCAAAUCCUUUUUCGAAGAAACCCUUGUGGCCAUUCCAGCCAGGGUCUUGGAUUCACCUAUUGUUGCUGCACCAUCUGUUUGUCAAGAUGUUUUUGCUGAUGUGCAUGGUUUACUGCCUCCCCCAUACAAGGCAAGAGAACAGCAGGAGGAAGAAGACCUACUGUAUGCUUAGUUUGUACAUGUAUCCCAAUUUUAUACUUGCAGAUAAACAUUGUUUCAAUUUUAUGAGCAAUUGCUUUAGUUUAUUCUUUGGGAUAAGACCCAACUAGCCCCAUCUGACUGUAGCAACUACAUACAAAAUUUAACAAAAAUGAUUUUUGACUUCA